CCUGCUUUAUGGUUGCAUAUAACUUGGCUGUUAUUAGUUAACUAACGACCAGUCAUCAUGGCUCACUGGUCGAACAUCGACAUCACGACAUGUGAUCGCCAACUCGAGUGUCCUCUUUUCAGCGUCAUCCCCGGUGAGAUCCGCAACGAGAUAUUUGCGCUCGCCCUCAUCCAAUAUGAAGAUGACAAAUCCGCGUACCCUGAGGAAUCGUACUGGUACAGACCGGGGUUCAGGGGGCCGAGGAGGAGCAGCAGCGCGCUCCUCCGGACAUGCAAGCUGGCAUACGAGGAGGGCCAGACGGUCUUUCUAAGGGAACUGGAGUUUGCGUUUUGGUUUGACCGCGGUCCGGAGGGCCGGACGGGCAACGAAAGCUGCGAGCGCUUCUUCAACCGGCUCACGAUACGGCAGUCGUGCCAACUCCGGCGGGUCCGCCUGUUCACGCAGAUGUUCUGGCUCGAGCAGGGCCACAACAUCCAGCGGAUCUUCAUGCAACCGCGGUUCCGGCCCGAGACGCUGACGGUCACGGUGCGGUACUCGGAUUGGUGGCACUGGGAGGAGGACAAACCGCUGCGCAUGGCGGAGGACUGGCUGCGCGGGUUUCGCGGGCCGGCCGGGCUGCGGGAGCUGAGGGUGGAGUACGAGACGCUGGCGCGGAAGAAGGACGAGAUGAUGAAGAUCGUGAAGAGGAACAAGGGGUGGAAACUGGCUGUUGGGAAGAAGGGGGUGGGCGGGGUCGAGACGGAGGGAGGGUACCUGAGCGCCGUGGGGACGAAGCUGGGGGAGUGGCGGUGGAGAGGCACGAGCAAGCUGGGGGGCAGGGAGUGGGCGCACCACGGGGAGGGGGAUACGGUCGAGUACGUGGUCGUGACGGAUACGUGGAGGUUCGUGGAGGGGAUCAUGCCCAAGGAGGACGAGGCGAGGCGCGACGAGAGGCGUGUCCUCUUUCCGUUGCUGCCUCAUCGUCUCUACGGCAAUGGACUGCAGCCCCCGUUGUUCUUGAUGUAGAACGGGUGCGGACGGUUCGGGUCGCUGACGUUGGGCUUCGUAGGCCCGAUGGGCUUGACGUAGGGUAGUUGGUUGGCGGUUUUUGAAUAUUCAAAUUUGUAAUGGUCCGAUUCUUCUUUUUGCUGGGUGGGGGGUAUCAAAAAGCAUGAAUGGAAAGAGAUGAGAUUCGAUAGGUUGGUCAAGUCAAC